CCGACCAGAUCCGAACGAGAGAAACCGGACCGGACAGCGGCCACGCCCCCGAUUGGACGCCCGCGGCGGGGGCGGGGUUAAAGGCGGCCAAUGGCAGCGCGCGCGGGCGGUUGGAGCGGCGAUGGUGGUCUGGGCGCUCAGCCGCGCCGUGCAGCUCCUGCUGGGGACGCUCUACCCGGCCUACGCCUCCUACAAGGCCGUCAGGAACAAGGACGUCCGGGAGUGCGCUGGAUGAUGUACUGGAUCGUCUUUGCUCUCUUCAUGGCCACUGAGACCAUCACUGACACCUUCAUCUCCUGGUUUCCCUUCUACUAUGAGAUCAAAAUGGCCUUUGUGAUAUGGCUCCUCUCUCCUUACACAAAGGGGGCCAGCCUGCUGUACCGCAAAUUUGUGCAUCCCACACUGUCCAGCAAAGAAAAGGAGAUCGACCACUUCAUCUGCCAAGCCAAAGAACGUGGCUACAAGAGCCUUGUGAGCUUUGGGAAGAAGAGCAUCAAUGUAGCAGCCACAGCAGCUAUCCAGGGCCAGGGAGCCCUGGCAGGUCGCUUACGCAGCUUCAGCAUGCAGGAUUUGCGGGCCAUGCCAGAGACAGCCAUGGUGCAUUAUUCUGAUCCCCUCUACCUGGAGGAACAGGAGCUGUGUCGGCAACCAAUUGGGCAUAGGCCAGCAGUGCGGCAGCUGGGCUCGGAUAGCAAUGAGGAGGAGGAGGAGGACUUCUGGUCAGACUCUGAGCUGUCUGCCCCCUCCAGAGGCUGCCGCAAGGACCCCGCUCUCCCUAAGCUCUUAGCCAGGAGCCAAAGCCUUCGGCAGGGGAAGAAGAAGCUGCCAGCUAAAGAGAGUUCUUCCCGAGGGGUCCGAAGUCGUUCCCGGAAGCAGAUGCUGGACCAAGACCGCUAGGCUCCCCCUAGGCGCAUAGUUGGCAAGGCUCCCAGAUAUGUCACACCACUGGGUUGAGGUUUCGGGGACUCGCCAGCUGCUCUUUCCCCAGUGCCCGAGCACCCCAACAGGUUGAGCGAGAGAUGAGGAAGAACAUAUUGCACCCCUUGUGGCUGCCUAGGGAGCCCUGGACCUGCCACUCCCAGUGCCUCUCCUCCCCUGGGGGGCGGGGGAGGGCUGCCUGUUGGAAGGGCUUGCCCAGCCUAAGGAUGGACAGGGUGCCCGACUGCUGCCUUAACCACUGUUGGCCGAGGACCUUUGCAGUCACAGCUUCUUUGGCUGGAGCCCCUCUCUGUCCCUGCCCUACAAUGGCCGCUCCUCUUCCUUUGGGGCUGCCCCUGCUGCCCCUCUUUUAGUCUUCCAAUAAAGGUGUUUUUUCCUCCUG